AUUGUGUUACCUGAAGCUAGAAUAGAGUCGAUCAUUGGGUCAUUUCCCAGUCUGACACGCAUGUCAUUUCAUGGACACACAUUCAUAUCAGAGGAGGCGUCCAAAGAAUGGUUUUUAAGGAGUACAAGGACACUGCAUUUGGAAGAAUCAAUCAUUGUAUUAAAAGCUGGUAUGAUUCCACCAACUUUGACACAUCUGACCUUGGGCGAUAACUUCAGCCAGUCACUCAGCUCCAAGUUGUUGCCAAGCAGCUUGAUCGAACUCCACCUUGGCAGCAAAUUUAAUCAUCCACUUGUUAGCCUCCCCAGCGGAUUGACCACCCUCUCGAUUGGCGAUAGCUUUAAUCAGCCAUUGACCUCGCGGCUACUCCCACAAUCAUUGACCAAGUUGAAGCUGGGCAAUGGUUUCAAUCAAUUAUUGCCGUCCUUGAGGACACUCAAACGUCUGGCCCUCGGUCAGGCCUUUAUCGACAAGAACAUCAUGCCGAUGCUUACACCUGACGAGUUUACAAAGAAACUGAAGAGCAAUGACUACACGACAAAGGCUCAAUUCACUGUGCCCUUGGAGUUGGUAUGGUUUUCAUACAUAACAUUAUUGCGCCAUCCGGUCAUGUUGAUCAGGUCAGUGAUGUCAUUCUUCCCCUCUGCUUCAGUGUGCCUGAUUGAGGUUGACCAGUACAAAGUACAAUACAACAAGUACAAUGCAUUCAUUGCUUGUAGACGUGUUGAUCAACAAACUCUCUUCUGUUUGUUAGAGAAAACCAAGAAUACAUCCUAUCUAUAUGGUAUUGGGACCAGUGUCCAUCGAGAAAUCAAGAUAAUUAACAUGAUGAAUGGAAAU